AUGUCCUGGACCAAAGCUUACUAUGUCCGAUAUGGUAAGACUACUUUUUUCCUUUUUGAAUUUGGAGCUCUGAGUCAUUCGGUGUUCGAGUUUUGGCAUUUCAAUUUCGAGUUAAAUGGAACAUUGCGAGGAAGGAAUUGACGAAAACCGCUCUAUGAAGGCACAAAUCGUUGUAGUUUUAUUUGAACCUAACCCACCAGAACUUGAACUAGACUGGCAAGUAUAUUGUUAAAGAAAGAUGUUAUUCAAAUUGGAACAACAACAACAAUAAAAAGCUACUAUAAAAAAUUCUCAACAACGAAAAAAAGCUACCUGCAAAAUUUCUCGGCUACUCCAAACGAUUUCAUCUUUGGACUAUGGCACCGUUUGCUUUGACUUGUUACGCAUUGCAGUUCAAAUUUUUGGCACUUUUUUUUUUUUUAGCACAAACUACAAUUUUUUUGUCGGUUCUGUUUCUUUCCAGUAAGGAGUUGAUGAAUCAGCCCGUAUCCAUGCCUUGCGGGCACAGUGCUUGUAAGACCUGCCUUCUGGAGAUGAUCUCCAAACAGAGCAUUGGCUCGAGACCUUGCACCUGCCCGCUCUGUCGAGCAAGGAUCGAAGGGGGCAAGUUAAACGUUAACGUAACAGUUAGUGCUUUGAUUGGAAGGAUCCAGGUGCGUUGCACUAAUGUCGGCUGCUCCUGGGUUGGAAUGCAUAGCGAGAAGGAAAUGCACAUGGACACUUGCCCCUUCAUGGUUAUUGACUGCCCCAAUGGACCUCGUGGCUGCUUGGUUAAACCAGAGAGGUAUGCGCUGAACCUGCACAUAGCAUCCUGCCCCUUUGAAAAAGUCCCUUGUUUUCAUUGCCACAUAGGAGUGGAGAGAUCGACACUUGCUAGCCACGAGGACAACUGCCCACUUCAGUGUGGAGAACAGUUACCAAGGUAAGUUUGUUUGACAGCCGAGGCACUUGAUGCAUUUCUAGUUAAGGUUACCCAAAACUAGACAGUAAGACACACUUACAAACGUAAUUCGAGAUCCGAAACUAACAGUAAAUUUAAGUCGAUGCAUAAAGCGAUAGAAAGUAAUUGAUAGAAACAGUUGAAACGGUUAAGCGAUAGAUCUGAAUGGUUUACGGUCGAGUCGCCCGAAGUCAUGUCGCCCGGAACCUGUGUCGUGUUGCCCGAAAAAAGUCGGCGGCCGUAGAAUCAAAUACUUUAAAAGAUCAGAUUUUCAGACUGUAAUUAGGCAAUUAAACGAGAAAUCUUUUUUAUUAAAGGCGCCAUUUGUUUCCGACAACACCAUGAAGAUUCUAAAAGCAUUGUUCGUUUCUAACAACAAAAUGAAGCGGUUUUUUUUUUCACUCGUUUCGUACCACAGACUUUCUGUAAAAGCUUGAGAAACUUUAUCUUUGUUUAUGACAUUGCCAUGAAGACUUCGACUGCACAGAAAUCGAUCGUUUGUUCAGAACUGAGAUAUGUUUGAGUAACGAUUCGGAAAGCGUUGUUCCUUUCUUACAACAAAAGGAAGCAUUGUCCGUUUCUAUAGCAACAAAAUGCAGCACACAGGCCCUCGUACUCUGUUGAUUCGUGCCCAGUGGGAAUCGUUUCGUUCCCAACCCGCUAAUAGAUUGACACUCAGCUGUUCAGAAACGUCGCUUACUAAACUCAACCUAAGAUUGCGAAUUAUUAAAGCGUUAAACCAGAGAGAACUAUCGAUCCCUAAUAACCGUAGUUUUAAACUAGCGAGAAAAAUCGUUAAGUAGUUCUAAAGUGAACUGAGUCCUAACACCGAAAGGGAAAUGAUACUAUCAGACUACUAUUGUUAAAAAAAAAAAAACAGUCACAAGCUUAAACAAUAGAAUAUUGUUAAAAAAAAUACCACACUUACCUUACGCAAGGUAGUAAGUUAUUUGUUACGAAGUUCGCAAAUAGAUACAGCAGAACUUUAUUUGCAUGUUACUCGCUUGACUUUUUACUAAAUCGUAGCACAAGAUAAUCGAAAUUUAUUUAUUACGGUUUGGAUCAGCUUACAAAACGUCCAUCCAUGUUUUUUAUUUUUGUUAUAGAAACGAAAUACGCUUCCCUUUGUUGUUAGAAAGGAACAAAGCUUUUAGGUUCGCUUCUCAAACAUAUUUUAAUUCUGACUAUAUGAUAGAUUUCUUUGUAGUCGAGGUCUUCUUUGUUUAGUCUGUAAGUUAGUUAUUUGUCGAGUGACGAUUGCAUUAUUUGACAACACAACUCAAGUUCCUGGUCAUUUCUUUGUUUACUUCUUCUGGAAUUUGAUGUGUUAUCAAAUAAAAAUCCGCGCGGUGAUGAUUUUAUUGUGGUGCAUCGCUUGUCUGCUUUACAAUGUAUGAACACCAGGAAAAGGAUUACUACCCAAUCUUGUAACUGUGAUGGCUUGAUAUUUAGUUGAGCAGAGUGUUUGUUCAAAGUCUUUAUUGAUGCAUUUAACUCAUUUGUUCAUGUUUACAGAUCGCACAUCCACCUGCACCUUGGCGAUUGUCCACAACGUGUGGUAAAAUGUACAGUAAAGGGGUGCCACAAUUUUUACGCGAUUGAAGAGGAGGCGGAACACGAUAAACAGUACCAAGAAAGUCACCAGGUGCUGCUGAAGCAAGAAGUGGAGAGGCUAAGAGGAAUAAUAUUUGAUCAGGUGGGUGACGUUCGUCCGAUUGUAGAAAGGAGAUGAAUUCUCUGCGAGAAAUUUCAUCGGAACAAGCUGCUUCAGACGUUUACCUUUAUUCUUCUGUAUCAUGGCUGCCGCUCUUUUCUUUUCCUCAAUGGUCUACAUGGAAGAUCUUGUUGUUUCUGUUGCUGCAGCAAACGAAGAGUGUUACGAUUUACCUGGUGUGAUAAACGUUGCCAAUGGUUACGUUUCCGAAUUCUGUCAAUUGUAAAGCUUGCGAAGGCAGUAUUGUCAGUGCAGUUGUCAAUUUCAAUGCUUAAUUGCAGUGGCUUGCGCGCUAUUGUUUACAGAGGCGGAGUUUUGCAUAUAUUAAUACACUCGCGGGAGUUUUAAAAAUCGGUCAACCGUGCUUCUCGACGUAAAAUUUAGGGUGGCCAAAGGUUGCUUCAAAAAAAUCGGUUUUGAUGGUACUUCUAAGCCUCGUACGGCAGAGAAAAUUUUCACAAGCCCUCCUGAGAAAUGGAAGUAACUUUUCCAUAUGCUGACUCUGAAGUUUCGCGAAUACUUCAUCGGAUUUUUCAACCUGGAGAUCAGCUUCCAUACUCAAAUGCAUCUAAAAUUUCUAAUUUUCAAAGCGGUUUCGAUAAUGGUUAUAGAAACCGCGGAAAACAAACUUUAGUAUUAAUUUGUUCAUUGAAACCUCUUCUACAAAACCCAUAUGCCGGAAAAUAGCUAAGGCAAUUAGUUUUUUAUCAAGAGUGAAAAACGCAGGCGCAAGUGGGCGAUUUAUAGCCAUUUUCUCUAUUUUUUCGCUCUCUUUUCUUGGAGGACGGUUCAAAUUUACCGCAGAUGGACUUAAAAGGUACCUGGGUGUGUCGCGGCUUCUGCGCGAUGAGUACGCGGAGCGUUUUGAGGAGACAUUUGACUGUAUACUGACUUAUACCUUGCUGCCUUUUUUUUUAGGCUGAUGAAACAGUACACAAAGUUUUAAAAAUAAGAAAGAGUUUUCGUUGGGCCGUUAAAAUGUCCGACCUGGCUGAUGGCAAAGAUGCCGCAAGUCCCUUCUUCAACGUAGAAAGAAGUACGUUGAGAUUCAUUUGGGCGAGAAAUUCGACUCCUCAGAAGUUUAUGUUGGAGCAGCUGGUCUCAUCGAUGCCACUCACGAUCAGUUUAAGGUAGGGACAGGUUAAUGUUGGUGAAGGCUUAGGCCACAUUUGAUGUAAGUAAAAAAAUAGAACUCAUCCAUUUCCUGACAAAAAAAGACUCCGUUUCACGAUCUAGAUUCGAUGUCGUCUGUUAGCGGUACUUUUCUCUCUUGCGAUUGGCUAUCGAUAGCGGCUUUCUUUUUUUUUUUUUUUUUUUUUUUCAUAAUUGAUAGCAAACUAAAUGGCGUUACGAGCCAGUUGCACUUUAGCUGUGGUAAGCUUAAUAAGUUGAGGAAUAUUUCAAAAAAUUAAUCAGAGCUGAUUCAACAGUUCCUUACUUUAUUUAUUUUUUUCAGAAUUGCAUUACUUAAAGAUGAGGGGGUGCAGAAAGUGGUUGAAACACCCCGUCCAACGCUUGUAGACGAAGGGGUGUUGUCAGUAUGGACGUCGACUUCGGACAGCACCCGAAUGACCAGGAUUUGGAAUUUAAAAUAA